GGUCUCUUUUUAAUUGCUCGGACGCGGGUGUAGCCCCUCCCUCUCUGAGGGGCCGGGGAAGGGGGCGGGCCCUGUCGGCCAUGUUGGUGAAGGGAAGCGUAGGCGUCUGGGGCUCUAGCGGUGUCGGCUCCGCUGGCCCGAAUCCGCCAUAUUAAUAAAGAGAAAGCCGGUUGACGUCCGCACACACACUCACACACACUCACACCGUCACAUACACACACACCCCUUCUUCCCACCGUGUUCCCACGACUCAGUCGGUAGAUUUCACCCCCCAACUCACACCGGUUCCCCCUUCCCCACCCCCAUGCCCUUCUUGCCCAGCCUCUGCCCGAAGCAACUGUAGCAGGCUGCGCCGAAUGAGGGGGCGAGGGAAAUGCCGACCAAUUGCGCCGCGGCGGGCUGUGCUACCACCUACAACAAGCACAUUAACAUCAGCUUCCACAGGUUUCCUUUGGAUCCUAAAAGAAGAAAAGAAUGGAUUCGUCUGGUCAGACGCAAAAAUUUUGUACCAGGAAAACACACUUUUCUCUGUUCAAAGCACUUUGAAGCCUCCUGUUUUGACCUAACGGGACAAACUAGACGACUUAAAAUGGAUGCUGUUCCAACCAUUUUUGAUUUCUGUACUCAUAUAAAGUCUAUGAAACUGAAGUCAAGGAAUCUUUUGAAGAAAAGCAACAGUUGUAUUCCAACUGGACCAUCUAAUUUAAAAUCAAACAUCAAUAAUCAGCAAGUACUACUUGAACAUAGUUAUGCCUUUAGGAAUCCUACGGAGGCAAAAAAGAGAAUAAUUAAGCUGGAAAAAGAAAUAGCAAACUUAAGAAGAAAAAUGAAAACUUGUCUACAAAAAGAACGUAGAGCAACUCGGAGAUGGAUCAAAGCCACUUGCUUGGUGAAGAAUCUUGAAGCAAGUAACUUAUUACCGAAGGGCACAUCAGAACACAUUCUUCCAACUGCCUUAAGCAAUCUUCCUGUGGAAGGUUUUAAGAUUCUUGAACAAGAUCAGCAAAAUAAAAUAUUACCAAUUCUUUAAGACCAAGUACCUUCAUUAAACAUUAGUUUACAUAGAACUUGAUGCCCAUUCUUCAUUUUAUUCAAAAGAAAAAAUAUUCAAGGAAGUUAUGUCAAAAUUGGGUAUUUGAUCAAGUUUUACUUGAAGCUACACUAUUACUGUAUAAUUUAUGAAGACUUGAUUACAGAAUAAAAAGGAAAUUUUUGGUGAAAUUUACAUUUGAAAAGAAAUGAAAGUGCCUUAUAUGAGAAUUAUGUGUUUAAUUUUUUUCUACAAAAUUGUGCAUUUACAAAAUGUUUUGUGUUUCUUUUAAAAAGACUUAUAAGAAAUAAUCUACGACAAGUAAUGUGUUUAGCUUAUUUUAGAAAAAAAUCUCUAUAUACCAAAGUUGGCAUGUUACAUUCUAAAUAAGAUGCUAAGUAGGAGUUAACCAACAUUAAGUAUGAUUGUAAAACCACUGUAUUUUAUGCUAAUUAUUAUUGGAACUAUGAUUUGG